UCUGUGCAAUUUCUCUACAGGUAUUCGAGGAAAAUGAGCCAGUCAUUUUAUGAUUUCAAAGCUGUAAACCUCAAAGGAGAAGAGGUCAGCUUCUCAAAGUACAAAGGGAAAGUGGUGCUGAUUGAAAAUGUGGCGUCUCUUUGAGGAACAACUGUCAGGGAUUAUACCGAGGUAAAGUAUAACGGAGCUUUGUCACAAAAGGUAUCAAAAUUCAAACAGUGAGAAAUCCGCCCCCCCCCCCCCAAAAAAAAAACAUGAGUGGAUGAGUGGAACAUAAAAAUAACCACCUCUGACAUUAAUGGACGGUUCUAGCCAACUCGCACAAAUCGCUUCGACGGAGUCUUUUUCGCAUUUUGCAAAGGGAAAUACAUGAAUGGCUAGGUUUUGCGUUCAUCGAGUGAAAAUACCGCAUUACGAGAUAAUAAAAGGCACAUGAUGAUAAUUAAGCCCUUCACCUUCAUUCCUCUAUUAGAGAAUAUUAUGUGAAUCCUGGUUUUAAAAUACGAUCGCUCUCAUCGCUUAAAUUGCUUGACUUUGUAGCAGUCAUAUUCAAAGCAACUCAUACACGCAUUGCGUGCCUAUUUGUUCGCCAUUUGCCACUUUAGAAACGAGAAGGAAACCUAGCAAAGACUUCUGGGACAGUUGCUAAAGACAGGGGAGGAUUAAGCGACAAAAUUUUUGAGUGACGCACGUCAACCGGAAAUGUACUUUUUUGUUGUUGUUUUUUAAAGUGGUUUUGCCCACAUUUUUUUAGAGCAAAUCGUUUCUCUAGAGUAAAGGCACCCAACAAUACAAAUUUGGUAGCGUCAAAGCAUAUAUAUGAAAAGGGAAAAGACCCCCACUUCCCGUUGACAUGCGUCGCUUAACAACAUCUUUGCUUAAGCUCCUUAUUAGCUGGGAGGCGCGUCCCCAGUAACGAUCCCACAAACUAUUGCGCGCCGCAUUUCGACACCAGUUCCUUUCACGUUUCUAAAUUGACGAAUUACAUCCGAAUAUGUAUCGCGCCCUAUAAGGGACGGACCUUUAGAAAAGUUAUCGGGGGGGAGGGAAAUUUUUGAGCCGGAGGAAUGUUUUCGUUAUCAAAUUCCUUGUAUGAAUUUUUGUAAGGCCAUAGCCAUGAAUAUUUUUUAGGAUUAAUUGGCGUGCAUGAAUUUUUUUUUCCUUUAAAUUUCCAUUGCACAAAUAUAUUUUUUGUACUUCGCCCCCAUAAGUUUUCUAAUGGUCCGUCCCUAACUUUUGUGUUUGUUUGUUUUUGUUUUGUUUUGUUCUUUUUCAGAUGAAUGAGCUCAUGGAAAAGUACAAUGGAAAGGGGCUCGUUAUUCUGGGUUUUCCCUGCAAUCAGUUUGGUCAUCAGGAGAAUACUUCAGAUGAUGAAAUCCUCAACUCUUUAAAGUAUGUUCGACCCGGGAAUGGCUUUGUGCCCAAGAUCGAAUUGUUCAGCAAGGUGUCUGUCAAUGGAGAUAAAACCCACCCCCUGUUUGUCUACCUGAAGAACAAGUUACCCCUCCCUCAUGACAAAGACCCAAGUAAAGCAGACCUGUUGAUGAAGAGUCGAGAGAUACUUUGGAAUCCAGUGCGAAGAUCAGAUGUAGCUUGGAAUUUUGAGAAGUUCUUGAUCGAUUCAGAAGGGGUGCCGUUUCAAAGAUACAGUCGUUAUUUUCUCACUUCAGAAAUUGCACCUGACAUUGAGAAACUAUUGUCCAAAAAAUAA